CAGCGAAGGCCGAACAUGGCGUUAACAAGAGUACUCGAGUGGUUUAGGUUUAGGUUAGGGUAGUUAGUUAGUUGGUGUUAGGAUGCCGGGGAACGUGCGUGCAAACGGUGACACGGGCGGCAAACACGUGUUGGUGUGGAACCAGAUAGAUUUGGACCCGGAGGACAAAAAAGCCAACUCGGUUCCCGAGCCGGAAGGAUGCGUAGGUUUGAGGCACGUGGUGACGGCUAUGCUGUUCCUAGGGAUGGCCAACGCCUAUGUUAUGAGGACCAACAUGAGCGUGGCCAUUGUGGCUAUGGUGAACCACACAGCGCUGCCCAAGCAUCCGGCAGUAGUGGUGGAUGAGUGCGGGUCUGGCCCAACGUUGAACAAUGGCACACAUCAUGCGACUAUGCAAGAUGGAGAAUUUGUUUGGGACACCACGCUACAAGGAUACAUCCUCAGCUCCUUCUUCUAUGGCUACGUUCUUACGCAGAUCCCGUUCGGAAUCUUGUCCAAGAAGUACGGCGCCCGGAUGUUUCUCGGUGUCGGCAUGUUAGUGAACUCUGUGUUCGGGUUUCUCGUCCCUGUCGCAGCGAGGCACGACUAUAAAUGGCUCAUCCUCGUACGGUUCAUCCAAGGAUUGGGCGAGGGACCGAUCGUACCUUGCACACAUGCUAUGCUGGCCAAGUGGGUCCCUCCGAAUGAAAGGAGCAGGAUGGGAGCUUUUGUUUAUGCAGGAGCUCAGUUCGGCACUGUGAUCUCGAUGCCGGUGAGUGGUUACUUGGCGGAGCACGGGUUUGACGGAGGCUGGCCCUCCAUCUUCUACUGCUUCGGCCUGGUUGGAGCCAUCUGGUCUCUUGCGUUCCUCUUCAUGGUGGAUGAAGACCCCGAGACUAGCACUAAGAUCAAGGAAGACGAGAGGAAGUAUAUAAUUAGCAGUGUUUGGGGCUCUGCAGGGAUAUCGUCGCCUCCAGUGCCGUGGAUGUCCAUUGUCAAGUCUCUUCCAUUCUGGGCCAUCUUGAUCUCUCACAUGGGACAGAACUACGGCUACGAGACAUUAAUGACGGAGCUGCCAACCUUCAUGAACCAAAUACUGCACUUCAACAUCAAAGAGAAUGGAAUCAUGUCGUCGUUGCCGUACCUUGCAAUGUGGAUGUUGUCAAUUUUGAUAAGUUUUUGUGCGGAUUCAAUGAUCCAGAAAGGUUGGUUCUCCCACACCGUCGUGCGGAAAAUCGCCAACGGCAUCGGUCAGUAUGGUCCGGGUAUCGCUCUAGUCGCCGCCUCCUACACCGGAUGUAACCCGUACCUGACCGUAGCCAUUCUGACGUUGGGCGUCGGACUCAACGGAGGGAUCUACUCUGGGUUCAAGGUCAACCAUCUGGACAUCAGUCCGAGGUUUGCCGGGAUCCUCAUGUCCUUCACCAACUGUAUGGCCAACCUAGCUGGUCUACUGGCGCCGAUAAUCGCUGGCUACAUCAUCCAAGGAAGACCGACGCAAGAAGCAUGGCGGGAAGUGUUCUUUAUCUCCGCGGGUGUCUACUUCCUCUGCAGUUCCGUCUACCUCAUCUUUGCCUCGGGUGUGCGGCAGCCUUGGGACAAUCCCGCCACCGACAAGCCGAGGAAACCCAACCCAUCGACGCAAGAAAGCCAGCACUGACACUCGUAGAGCCUCUCUGGUUUCUUGUUAUCGUCUUUCAAAAGGCAUUGUCUAUGUGGAAUCGGCUUUCCAUACUUACGCUUUUUACUAGUAAACAUAACUGAACUGAUGGAGCCUCGGACGAGAGGACGAGUGACGUAUUUAUUGUGUGACUGCGAGGAGUGACGUGUUAAAAUCGUUUUAUACCUAGUGUUAAUUAAUUGUUAUUUUUAUAAGCGUCUAUGAAGAUCGCCUAGGUAGUCCGGGUCGAGAUCCGAUAUUAGUGCCCAACGGCUUACUACUUGUAUUAUUUUAUUUAUUUGGCUUUAUAGUUGUUAUUUUUAAUUUGUUGAUGUAGACUUGUAGUUAGAACAUUCCAGAAUGGAAGUUGUCUUGUAAUUUUAUAAUAUUAAGAAUUUAUAUUCGAUAUUAAAAAGAGUACGGUUGCAUUUAUAUAA